GGUUAGGGUUGACAGUGGAGAGACGGGAGAGCUUGCAAGGUUCGAGCUCGGGAGCUUCACCCUCCCCGCUUGGAGCUCCCUCGUUCGAGUCCAGGUUGUAAACAAUCACUUCACUUGAACAAUUGACGAGGACAACAAGAUUUGAGUAGAAAUCAGAUGUAUGUUGGUUGAAUCUGAAGACGAUAAAUAAUAUUUCUUAUUUUUCUUCCAUUUCCUAAUGUACCCCGCUGACCAAACCACAGCUUAAUUUUUCCCGGAGCUGCCCACUUUUGAGCAUCAACACUUGCCCCGGGCACACUCAUGAGCGCAGUCUUCAAGAUCCCUACUAGGAUCACCACCAGAUUAUUCACCAAACCUGCUGCAUUUUGCUAUAAAGCAUCAUCUAUCCUCCCGGGAGCUUUUAAUAGAGCGUAUUGCCAAAACUCAAAUAACCACCCCGCCGUCACAAUGACUUCAACCCUCGAGAGCCCCCAGUUCACCAAGCAGGUAGUUGCCGCCAUGCGGGCGCUCUACCCUGAGCAACUCGCCGACAAGGCCUGGGACAAUGUUGGCCUCCUCCAAGAGAACAUUGCCGUUGCCGGCCAGGACGUCUCCCCAACCGUCCUUCUAACCAACGACCUCACCGUCGCCGUCGCCGAGGAAGCCAUCCGGAAGCGCGCCUCCGUGAUUGUUUCCUACCACCCCUUCAUCUUCCGCGGCCUCAAGUCCGUCACCCUCGCCGAUCCCCAGCAGCGCAUCCUCCUGCAGCUCGCCCAGGCCAACAUCGCCGUGUACUCCCCUCACACCGCCGUCGACGCCGCGCCCGGCGGCAUGAACGACUGGCUAGCCGACAUGCUCGACGGCCACGGCGUCGAGACCAAGCGGAGCAUCUGCCAGCCCAUCUCGAGCUCCAUCACGUCCUCCUUGCCCCCGGCCUUCUUCAACUCCGGCUACGGCCGCCUAGUCGAGCUCGGCCACCCCGUCUACCUUGGAAACAUCAUCAAGGCCUAUGCCGAAGGCCUCGGCGGGCUGAACCACAUCAUGAUUGCGGCGCCCAAGGACAAGAAGGUCACGACCAUCCGGAGCGUGGGCAUCUGCGCGGGAAGCGGGGAAAGCGUGCUCAAGAACUGCGACGCCGAUCUGAUUGUUACCGGCGAGAUGACGCAUCACUAUGCGCUGGCGCUGACUAUGAAGGGGAAAGUGGUCGUGACUGUGUUUCACAGCAAUAGUGAGAGGAAGUUCUUGAAGAAGAGGCUGCAGCCGCAGUUGCAGGCUCAGUUGGAGAAGGAGGGCGUUAAGCACCCUGAGGUUUUGGUGAGCGAGGAGGAUGCGGAUCCGUUUGAGAUCUGGGAUGUGAGGAAGAUGCCCGCUUGGGCUUUUGGGAAGGAGUAGACGGACGUUUGGACUAGUGGUGGAAAUUGAGAGUUUUCGGAGGGUUGGAGCCACUAUCAAGAUCAACAUAUGGUGCAGUGGUGGUCCUGGCCUGGCACUGGGAGGCACGAGAGAGGAGGGUGCUGGAUCUGUGUAUGACCUGACCCCGUUGACCAUUUUUCCUUAGCUCGGUUUUGGGUUUACACAGGGGACCAAAGCAGAUCUCAUCGUCCCUGCCUCCUGCACAUUUCACUCAUCUACACAUCUCUGGAUCGGGCAAGCACACCCUGGCAGAUACUAUCGGGGCAUGGACUCCCCGAGAUUGGAUGGCAGCAGGAGCGAGGGACUGGGAAUACAAUGUAUCCCUGGUGGGUGUCGAGGGGGCGCCACCUCAUCUCCUGGCUAGAUAUGUAGAUCCUGCAUCUCUAAAUGUUGCCAUCAAUGCAAACAAAUUAUUACGUAU